CAACGAAGUGAGAAUAAAAAGAGAAGUUAUUAUUAGCAGAAAAGAAAAAGAGAUCUGGCGGAGAAGGAAACCAAAAUCUCAAACGAACAAACUUGGCUCCUUCCUUGGGAUCGAAAACCCUAAAAACAAAUUGCCUGGAUUGGUGAACAGCCUUUCUGGAGAUCUCCCCCUAUACCAAUAUCUUCUCCAUAUUUGCCGUUAGGAUCUGUCCUCUGGUACCAUCACAACAUCGGCAAUUUCGAAAUUGGGGAUUCAUUUGUAAUUUGAAAAUAAAACAAGGGAUUGGUUACAAUGGCAUCAGCUCAGGUUAAGCGGAGGCAAGAGGCUGGACGGCGUAAGCUUGAGGAGUUCCGAAAGCAAAAAGCAGAACGAGAGAAAAAGAAUAAUACCGCACAACCUGUUGAUAACACCGUCGCAGAUUCAGAUGGAGAAGUUGUUGUUGCAUCUAUCUCUAACGGACCUCUCAGCCAAUCUCCUGAAACCUCCUCCUUCAACCAAACCCAAUCCAAAUCCAAAUCCAAAUCCUACGAUGGAAGCAGCAAAGAGAGAAGCAAGAGAGAUGAGUCAGUUGGCACAUCUAGUAGCUUAGACUUGAGAGGUUCCUCUAAUGACUUUAGAGAGAAGCAAUCCAGUGGAGAUUUCAAUCGUGCCUCUACUCUAACAGAAUUAAUAAUCUCAUCAAGAAAAGACUCUCGAGAAAGUGGAGGUAGCAGCAUCGUGCAGAAGCCAACUUUGUCUAACAGUUAUUUGUUUAGUUCUCCGGACACAUCAUCUCGACCUUACUCUCCUAAAAAUGAAGCAACUGUGAAGAGGAAUCGUCCAUCUUUCCUUGAUUCCCUUAAUAUUUCCAGAGCUUCCGAGAUUCCUGAAACAUCAAGUGGUUCCCAAUUAACUGUCGGUGGACCAUCUCCACUCCAGUAUAUAUCACGAAAGAGCGACAGAUCCGAUUCUCCUUAUCCAUAUGACAGUUUCAGGAGUCCUUCGUUUCCUGUUGCCAAUGGAGUAAUGCCAGGUUUCACUGAUUACUCCAUCCCAAAGCAAAAUGAUGAUUUUAGUUCUCUGGAACAGCAUAUUGAGGAUUUAACACAAGAAAAGUUUUCACUGCAAAGGGAUCUUGAUGCUUCACGUGCUUUGGCAGAAUCCUUAGCAUCUGAAAAUUCUUCGAUGACCGACACUUAUAACCAGCAGCGAAGUAUUGUCAACCAACUAAAAGAUGAUAUGGAGAAGCUACAUCAACAGAUUCAAGCACAAAUGGGGGAACUUGAAUCUGUCAGGAAUGAUUAUGCAAACGCGCAGCUAGAGUGUAAUGCUGCUGAUGAGCGUUCACAAAUACUGGCUUCUGAAGUCAUCAGUUUGGAAGAUAAGGCUCUCAGACUCAGAUCUAACGAGUUAAAACUGGAGAGGGAACUGGAGAGUGCACAAGCUGAAAUGUCUUCUUACAAGAAAAAAUUACAGAGCCUAGAGAAAGAUCGCCAAGACUUGCAAUCUACUAUUAAAGCUCUUCAGGAAGAGAAGAAGGUCCUACAGACUAUGGUGCAGAAAGCUUCCUCUGGUGGAAAAUCCACUGCUCUCGACAAAAGCUCUACUAGCAGUAAAAACGCAUCAACCUCUACAGAAGGCCUAGCAAUCUCAGAUACCAUGACAGGGAGCUCAAAUCAGGAAACAGAUUCUACAGAUCUGCUGGGAAGUUAUUUAUCUAAUACAGCUAUCAUUCAUGAAACUGGACAAUUAACUCUUGAAGGCUUUCCAUUGAGCGUCCCAGCUGAUCAGAUGAGACUGAUCGAGAACAUUAAUACGCUGAUUGCUGAGUUGGCAAUUGAAAAAGAGGAACUGGUGCAAGCAUUGUCAACUGAAUUAUCUCAAACUGCACGGGUAAAGGAGCUGAACAAAGAGUUAUCCAGAAAACUUGAAGUGCAGACGCAAAGGUUAGAGCUACUAACAGCACAGAAUAUGGCGAUAGACAAUGUUUCACCUGCAAAGCAGCCGGAUUUUCAUGUUGUUCAAGAGAGACCACCAAUUGCAGAUGAGGGCGAUGAGGUGGUAGAAAGGGUUCUAGGAUGGAUCAUGAAGAUGUUCCCAGGAGGACCAUCAAAAAGAAGGACAAGCAAGCUUCUCUAAUGCACGCCUUGCUCGGCUAUUCUGUACAUCCUGGCACAGCCACUAUGGCUUCUUCUCUUAUUGUUUUGGAAGAAUUCGUUUAGCUUUUUGAUCCAAAAAACUGGGAUUCAUUAGGCUUGAGGAAUAUCAAGAAGACAGCAUAUAGUGAGUGUGAUACAGACACUUUGCAAAGAGUUCCAAAUGGAGAGAGACACGAAGCGUGAACAGAGAGAAUUUAUAUGAGUGCGUUUUUUUGUUGUUUAUUUUCCUGUGCUCGUUUUAGUUUCAAGACUCGAAUAAACAAAUAUAUAAACUAGAUUAUUACAUAAAUACCUGUUUUAAUUUUAAUAUUAAUUGUAAAGUACUUUUAUCUUAUAAAUAAAUAUAAGUAUCUUAAACA